GAAAAACCUGCUUGGUAUAAUGAAGGCCCUGAUAAUUUGGACGUCUUGAUGGACUUCGAAGAUAUGAAAAUUCCGCAGAUCAAUGAUAAAGCCAUUUAUAAAAUCGAAUGCUCCGAUACUUCUAAAAAGGAAAAACAACUCAAAAUUCACACACUUCGUGAAAUUGAGAGUAGUUUAGGUAUUCAUGUUCAUAACCAAAAUCCCGCAAGCGAUUUAUCAGCAUUUAAUAAGUUAUUGGACAUUGUUGGUCUUCGAACCAAUUCAAUAUUAGACCAUGAGACUUUUAGAUGGUACAGAGCCAUGGCCAAUGCUGCUUCUGCAAAUGCUUAUAUUUAUCAGAAUAUCGACUCAUUGAGUAAUUUCGAGUCAGAGGCGCAAGGAUCUCAGGAUAAUGGAUACCCAUAUUUAGGCUACGAUACUGAAACUAGAAACAAAUUCGGAUUUCCUCCUAAUAAUUACAUGGCUAUUACCGCUAACGGAUUAUUUAAUCAAAUUGAUCUUCCAAAUAGUGGGAAAAGUCUUGGAUGUCAAUCUCUUCAACCAUUUCUCUUGCAGCAGCUCCUACGCCAGCAGCAAAUAGCAAAAUAUUCCGCAAUGCGAUUUCUUAAUUUGCGCAAUAAUGGCUUAGGCUUUGUAUUUGGAUUUCAUUCAACCCGGAUAAAUACACAAUACAAUUCUCAAAGUCAGACAUACAAUAAUGUUUCAAAUUAUAAUAAUUACAAUGCACAAUUUACUCAAAGCGAUAAACUGGAACAGCAAGAACAAGAUGGAUGCACGCUCUUUACGGAAGUUCCUGCAGAGAAUGGGGAAAACACAGAUGAAAAUGGUGAGAAUUCCUCUACAAUCCUAGACCCCAAAUCCACAGAAAAAAUCCUCUCCUAUUCAGGGGAAAUUGCCUGUUAG